CUUUUGCAACGACCUGCGCAUCUCGUGUCUCGUCUUCCGAGUGUUUGUCCGCGUCUUCAGAGCUCUCAAUAUCAUCGCCGAAGACAUGCGGAGACAAAACAUUUCUCCGUUUUUUUUUCGGUCAGUUUUGCCGAAACGAAUCCAUUUUGCAGACAAUCAAUGAAGACAUCGGAAGACAAGAGUUGCGGAAGUUUUCAAUUUGUUUUGACAUUUGAUUCAAUUGUUUGUAAUUAAAGUCAAUUAAAAUCAAUUGUUUUUUGUUUGAAAAACAAAACAAACAUUCAAUUAGUGUUUAAUCCGGAAAUCCAUUGAUUGAAACAAAUUGACAGAUCAUUAGAUCAUCAGAACAUCAGAACAUCCGACACAACAAACACUUCCAACACAUCCUUCCAAUUCAUGACUGCCGCCGGCCUUCCGUCGCCCGAAGCCUUCAGAAAACAUGACUUUUAGAAGAAAAACACGUCUUUUAAAACACGAAAUACCUAUACUUUGAUCCGCACGUGACUCUGACGUCACUCUCUGGUGACGACACUCUCUGUCACUCUCUUUUAGAGAACAGUUAUCUCUAAAAACAGAUUAAGAAAUGCGAUAAAAAAUCAGUUCAAAAGAAAAUGUCUUUUUUCGUCGGAAUCGAAGGGGGCGCCUCCUUCUCCAAAGCCGUUCUCCUCGACUCUGAUGGACAGGUAUUGGCCAAAGAAGACUCUGGUCCUUCGACCAAUCAUUGGAUGAUCGGUCAAAAGGAAUGUUUCCUUCGAAUUCAUUCGUUAAUCCAAUCGCUUCUCCGUUCGGCCUCUUUGUCCACCGAAACCCGUAUUAAAGCCGUCGGUCUUUGUCUGAGUGGAUGUGAAGAUCAAAAUCAAAACCAGAAACUCUGUUCCGACUUUUCCAAUCAGUUUCCCGAACUCUUCGACCACUGUUUGGUCGCUUCCGAUACAAUGGGAUCUUUGUUCACCUGUUUUCCCGACGGAGGAGUCGUUCUCAUUGCCGGAACCGGCAGUAAUUGUCUGCUCUUCAACGCCGACGGGUCUUCAGCCAAAUGCGGCGGUUGGGGUCAUCUGCUUGGAGAUUACGGCGCCGGUAUUUCGAUCGCCAAUUCCGCCGUUCGCUCUGUUCUCGAAUCCGAAGACAAUUUCCGUCAGACCAUUGACUCUCCCGACUCUUCGCGUGUCCGCCAACUCGUUGUCCAACACUUCGGUCUUCCCGACGACAAUUUGGCGGCCAUUUUGCGUCCGGCUUACGCGGAGUUCGAUAAAUCGUUUUUCGCCUCAAUUUCCAAAUCUUUAGCCAAACUUGCCGCCGACGGAGACCAAUUGGCCGCCAGUUUGUUCUUCAAAGCCGGACAAGAUUUAGCCGAACAUUUGAACGCAAUUCUACCCAAAGCUCAAGCCUCACUCCUGAAGAAUGGAUUAUCUGUGGUUUGUGUCGGAUCUGUAUUCAAGAGUUGGUCUCUUCUCGAACCCGGCUUUUUGUCCGCUUUGACGCCCGAACUCCACGAACUGACUCUCCGACUGCUGACCACUAGUUCGGCAUUUGGCGCCGCAUUCCUGGCCUCUCGUAAAAGUGGACACACUUUGCGAAUGGAUUUCGACCGCAAUUCGGAACUCUUGCGACACAUUAGACGAUAAAAAACAGAACUUUUGGUACUUUUUUCUAUUAAUUAAUCCAUAAAUAGUUUAAACAUUUUUUACCUCAAAAA